AUGGCUGUCCACUCAUUUUGGAUUUUCAACAGACACACGCUCUGCGUGUUCCACCGUGAAUACAACCACCAGACCCCCUACAAGCCACAGGUCUCUGGCAACACGACAUCUGGCGCUGCCGGCACGGGCGCAGGCGCAGGCGCAGGCACCGACAAGGCGGUCAGGCUGUACCCCGGACGAGUCAAUGUUCUUAAUGACAGCAACGAGAGCAAGUUACUCUACGGUAUGAUCCACUCUCUACGAAACAUUGCGAACGAGCUCACGCUGCCGAAACAGGACGGCGAAACGUCGGAGCCGGCGGCUUCUUCCGAGUUUGGAAACUCUUUGCAGCUCAACAACAACAACAAGGUGUAUACCCUCAACACCCUCCACUACAAGAUGCAGAUUCUGGAGACACUCAGCGGCCUCAAGAUGGUUGUUCUCACAGAUGUUGCCCACCGCAACUUGCUUGCGCAGCUCCAGUCCGUAUACACCACUGUGUGGGUCCCGCUUAUUGUAGACAACGGCAUGGCUGCUGUGGAGCUUGCUGCUGGAGAAGUUAUCUCUCCGUCACUGCGAGGUGACGUUAGCGCAGCCGACCGUCGCACAAACCACCGUGAGGCAGCUUUUGUCUCCAAAGUGGACGCACUUCUCCUCAGCUAG